AUGUAUACGUCCAGUCUACGGCUGACGCUUCUUCUGUCCCUGAUCAAUGAGAUUCUGACAUUGGAAUGUUUCGAUUGCACUAACUACCCUGACGGCAUCGUUUGUUCCACAAAAGCAUCUUGCGAGACUCAAGGCGGAUGUUAUUACGGUAAUUUCAAAAUUAAAAAAAUUAAUGUUUUCAGCAUCUUCGAAAGAACCAGAAUUAGCGGAAGAAAAGAAGAUUCCGUGGUGGGUCUCGUCAUGUGCAAACAACUUGAAAAUCGAAAAUUAUCAGACAUCUUGCUUCAAUACAGCCAAUGAAGAGUGAGAGUUUAUUUACAUUUGAACACAAUGUUUCAGUACCAUCUGUGUUUGCUUCCAAGACUACUGUAAUACACCUGCAGAGAUUGAAAAAGCCAUAAAUAUUCGGUUUUCCCCUUUCAAAGAGAAUCCCUUGCUGCCUUGGGCAUUGGCUACAACAGCGACAACUACAGCAUCAACGUCCACGAUAACUUUGAUCACAUCAAAAGCGAUUCCAACAACCCUACUUACUAAACCGGUAACUUCUACAACAACAACAAUAAUCACGACGACCGUGCAUCUACUGACAGAAGAAAACCUCAAGGUAAAACCCAAAAAAUAAUCAUAUUCUUUCAGAAAACAGUGGAGACCACCAUAAUGCCCGCCAGGGUCAUUGAUCUAACGGAACAAAAACAAGACGCCAACAAGAGUUUAGCUUACCUGGGGAGUAUAAGUCAUGACAAUCCAGGCCCAGCUGAUACAAUCAACACAACGGAAACAGUCAUCGCAGAAGUAGACGAAGGAGAAGCUGUAAAUCUAACAGAAAUUUUUAGAAACUCGUCGAAUUUUUGUAAAUAUCCAGGCGUCGCCAUAACUUUGCUUAUUUUAGUUUUAUCUUACAAAAAAUAAAUUUUUUAUGACUUUGUUUAGUUUCAUUUGAUUUCACAAGGAAAUACGCUCUGAUAUCUUGACUAGCUUUAAAAUAUCAAACUGGACUAACAACAAGACUACAUUCUAAUAGUAAGUUUCAAUGUAAAAAAAAAAAUCUGCCAAAGAGGACCGAACCCGUGGGCAGGUUUCUCUAUUGGAUUCUCAAUCUAGCGCUCUAACCACUCUACCAUGCCGCUCUCUUCCGACGAAGGAGGCCAAAUGCGUAUUUUAUGCCGCCGAUUUUUUUGCUCGAGAAAUAUAAAUAUUUUUCGAUAAAACUUGACAUUUAGCGUUUUACAGAAAUACGCCUCAGGUUUUUUCAAAAUGCAGGAUUCAAAAAAGGGGGGGCGUUCGGGCUCAACCCUUCUGUAACCCUAAAAAGGUCCGGAGUCCUUCGGUCUGCUAGUGGAGAAUUUUAAAAUGUUAAAGUAUACCUACAGUAAGUUAAAAAUUAAAAAUUUUCACCUUCCCAUAUAUAUCUACCAUAGUUACUAGCUAACUAUGGUAGGUAUAUCACGUCUGUACUGUAAUGUCUUGUUUUUUAUGCACAGCUCGAGCCUCACGCAAACCCUGUUUUAAAACAUGGUUUUGCGCAGUACUAUGCCAAACCAACAUCACUAACGCCUUCUGACCUCAUAAUUUACCUCGUACUAUAAAGUAAUAGGUGCUAAUAGUACUUCAAUUACUUUACAGUUUGUGCGAUAACCACCUCUGAAUCGCCUUUCAAAUAUCCUCAACCACCCUUAAGCGCUUGUAUCUUUGUAAAAAAAAUGUAUGUUAUGUGAUCUUUAAAGAUUUACGUUCACGAUUUAAAUUUUGAUAUUUUGGGUGUGUCCCACCAUGACCAACUUUUCCGUGCUAAAAGUUUUGGCGUUGUGCAAAACCAGAAAAUUCAGUAUUUUAUAAAAUAUCCACGAUUUGGCCAAAUAAAUUUAUUUCCAUUCUAAACAGUUUUGCUAGCCGAUCCAGAUUUUCGGCUAGCCAUCUAAAAAAAAAUUGGCGUUGCGCCUGCUCUUUGACACAGUUUGGAAGAUGGAAGAUUCUUCAACUAGUUUUGAGAUGCCUCGGGAUUUAACUGAAGCAGAGAAGAUACUGUUGUUGAAUCAGAAGAGCAUGUCUAAAUUCAAGGAAAACAAAUUAGAGAUAGAAGCCCGGAAGAACUGGGAUCGUUUCUAUAAAAGAAAUCAGGAUAAGUUUUUCAAAGAUCGACAUUGGACAAGGAAUGAAAUUCAUGAUAUUCUUGGCGACCUUGAUUAUAAUGUAGGGACUUACAAUCUUUUACUCCUUACCAUUUCAAUCCGCCUAUUUCAAUUAAAUCCUAUUCUUUCAGAAAAAGUUAGUGUUUGUGGAGAUGGGUUGUGGAGUUGGAAACAUGUUGUUUCCCCUCAUUGAGUACUAUCCACAUUGGGAUUUCUUUGGGUUUGAUUUUUCCGAAAAUGCGAUUCAAGAACUAAAGAAAAGAGCUAGAAAUUCUGGUGUUUCAAGUAAGCCAAAUGGUUAUUAUUUCUAUUGUUUAGUUACUGCCGAUGUCCUAGAUCUGACAGAUAAUCAAAGAAGACUGAUGUUUCCAGAAGGUGAUAUAGCAACACUCAUAUUCGUUCUUUCCGCGAUUCAUCCGGAUAAGCACCAAGAUGUUAUUGAGAACCUGAAGAAGUACAUAAAGCCUGGGGGAAUUAUCUUUGUGAGAGAUUAUGGUGCCUUUGACUACGCUAUGAUACGUUUUGGAAGAGGAGCGAAAAUAUAUGACAGAUUCUAUGCCAGACAAGACGGAACACGCGCCUAUUACUUUUACACUCAAGAGCUCACGCAACUGUUCGAGAAAGCUGGAUUCGAAUGCCAGACCGCGGAAUAUCUCCACAAGAAGACCACCAACCAUGAAAGGGAGAUGACGGUCGAUAGGAUAUUUGUGCAAUGUCGGUUUAGACGGAAAGAAUGGGAGUAG